AUGCAGGGUUUCAACAAAACCACUGUGGUGACACAGUUCAUUCUGGUGGGUUUCUCCAGACUGGGAAGGUUCCAGCCGCUGCUUUUUGUCGUGUUCCUUCUCCUGUACUUAACAAUCCUGGUGGCCAAUGCAACCAUCAUGGCUGUUAUACACUUCAGCCGGACUCUCCACACUCCCAUGUAUGGUUUUCUAUUCAUCCUUUCAUUGUCUGAAUCCUGUUACACUUUUGUCAUCAUUCCUCAGCUGCUGGUGCACCUGCUCUCAGCCACUAAGACUAUCUCCUUUGUGGCCUGUGCCACCCAGCUCUUCUUCUUCCUUGGCUUUGCCUGUACCAACUGCUUUCUCAUUGCUGUGAUGGGAUAUGAUCGCUAUGUAGCUAUUUGUCACCCCCUGAGGUACACACUCAUCAUGAACAAAAGGCUAGGGUUAGGGUUAAUUUCUCUAUCAGGAGUCACAGGUUUCUUUAUUGCUUUAAUGGCCACCAACCUCAUCUGUGACAUGGAUUUUUGUGGUCCCAACAGGGUCAAUCAUUAUUUUUGUGACAUGGCACCUGUUAUCAAGUUAGCCUGCACUGACACCCAUGUGAAAGAGCUGGCUCUAUUCAGUCUCAGCAUCCUAGUAAUCAUGGUGCCUUUUCUGUUAAUUCUCAUAUCCUAUGGCUUCAUAGUUAACUCUAUCCUGAAGAUCCCCUCAGCUGAGGGCAAAAGAAAAGCUUUUGCCACAUGUGCCUCACACCUCACUGUGGUCUUUGUUCACUAUGGUUGUGCAUCCAUCAUCUACCUUCGGCCCAAGUCCAAGUCUGCCUCAGACAAGGAUCAGUUGGUGGCAGUGACCUACACAGUGGUUACUCCGCUACUGAAUCCUCUGGUCUACAGUCUGAGGAACCAGGAGGUGAAAACUGCACUGAAAAGAAUUAUCGGAAUGUCUGUGGCAACCAAGAUAAGCUCACAAAAAUUUAAAAAUUGA